CUGCAGAGGGGCCCCAAACCCGGGCGGGGGUGGUGGCGGGGGCACCCACGGGUGUGCGCGGGAAGCCGGCGGGGUGUGGGGGGGCCAGGACGGGACCGAGGACAGGGACCUGGGGCUGGGACAGGGGCAGGAACCGAGAACAGGGACAGAAACAGAAACAGGAGACAGGGGCAGGGACCCGGGACGAAGACAGGGACAGGGACAGGGGCCGGGGAACGCGGACCGCGCCCGGACCCGACCCGACCGGACCGGAGGACCAUGCCCUCUUUCGACGAGGCUCUGCAGCGAGCCGGCGAGUUCGGGCGCUUCCAGCGGCGCGCCUUCCUGCUGCUGUGCCUGACGGGGGUCCCCUUCGCCUUCCUCUUCGUCGGCGUGGUCUUCCUGGGCAGCCGGCCCGAGCGCUUCUGGUGCCGGGGCCCCGGGGCGGCCGCGCUGGCCGAGCGUUGUGGCUGGAGCGCCGACGAGGAGUGGGAGCGCACCGCGCCCCCCGCGCCCCCCGCGCCCCCCGGCGGCCCCGCGCCCGGCCGCUGCCAGCGCUUCCGACUCGAGGCGGCCAAUGUCAGCGCGCUCGGCUGCCAGGACCCGCUCGCCGCCUUCCCCAACCGCUCCGCACCCCUGGAGCCCUGCCGCAGCGGCUGGCGCUACGCCCCGGCCCCUGCCACCAUCGUCAGCCAGUUCGACCUGGUCUGUGUCAAUGCAUGGCUCCUUGACCUCACUCAGGCCAUCCUCAACCUGGGCUUCCUGACCGGAGCCUUCACACUGGGAUAUGCCGCCGACAGGUAUGGCAGGAUUGUCAUCUACCUAAUAUCCUGCUUUGGCGUUGGAGUCACCGGGAUCGUGGUAGCUUUUGCCCCAAAUUUCACCGUGUUUGUGGUCUUCCGCUUCCUCCAAGGCGUGUUUGGCAAAGGGACCUGGAUAACCUGCUAUGUGAUCGUCACAGAAAUCGUUGGUUCAAAACAAAGGAGGAUCGUGGGCAUAGUCAUCCAAAUGUUCUUCACCCUGGGCAUCAUGAUUCUGCCUGGCAUAGCCUACUUUAUUCCCAACUGGCAGGGGAUCCAGCUGGCCAUCACCUUGCCCAACUUUCUCUUCCUCCUUUAUUACUGGGUGGUUCCAGAGUCUCCCCGCUGGCUGGUGACCCAGAAGAAAGGAGAAAAAGCACUCGGUGUCCUCAGACGCAUCGCCAAAUGCAACGGGAAAUACCUGUCCCCCAGUUACUCGGAGAUCACGGUGACAGAUGAGGAGGUGAGCAACCCGUCCUUCCUGGACCUGGUGAGGACGCCCCAGAUGCGGAAAUGCACUCUCAUCCUCAUGUUCGCCUGGUUCACCAGCGCCGUGGUUUACCAAGGACUGGUCAUGCGUCUGGGCAUCAUCGGAGGCAACCUGUAUAUCGACUUCUUCAUCUCGGGCGUGGUGGAGCUGCCCGGGGCCCUGCUCAUCCUACUGACCAUCGAGCGCUUCGGCCGACGCCUCCCCUUUGCCUUGAGCAACGUGGUGGCCGGGGUGGCCUGCCUGGUCACCGUCUUCAUACCAGAAGGAAUCCCGUGGCUGAGGACCACAGUUGCCACUCUGGGGAGACUGGGGAUCACCAUGGCCUUUGAAAUCGUGUAUUUGGUAAAUUCAGAACUGUACCCAACAACACUAAGGAACUUUGGGGUCUCGCUCUGCUCAGGCCUGUGUGACUUUGGAGGGGUCGUCGCUCCGUUUCUCCUCUUCCGACUUGCAGCUGUUUGGCUGGAGCUACCUCUCAUCAUCUUUGGCAUCCUGGCAUCCAUCUGCGGUGGGCUCGUCAUGCUUUUGCCGGAAACCAAGGGCAUCGUCUUGCCAGAGACUGUGGAAGAUGUGGAGAAGCUUGGCAGCUCCAUUUUCCCAAAUGCCUGUAAAUGCUUCCAGAGAAAGAAAACCCAGGUCUCCAGCUCCCACCUUUGAGGGCCACUGCCAAAGAUGAAAGGAAGGAAGGAAGGAAGGAAGGAAGGAAGGAAGGAAGGAAGGAAGGAAGGAAAGAAGUGUCCAAGCUGUCCCCACUCCUCCCCAGGAACUGACGUGCCUUCUGGUGACUGGCAUAGGCCUGAGCCCACUUUAUCUGUCCACCUUGGUGCAGACCCUGGUGUUCUUAAAGCCAUACAGAGACCUCCAAGUGGCCCAGAGUCCUCUAUCUAGAAUGCUGAAAGAUCUGGAGUUUCUAGUGCUGUGAGGGAUUUGAGAAGGCAUCCCCUGUGGCCUGUGGCUGUCUCUCCUGUUGGAUCAAUGGUCUCAGAUGUGCUUGGUCAUAAAGGCCACCUCCAGUUCUCAGAGAACAGGCUGUCCAUCAAGCAGGGAGCUAAGACCAAGUGUUUUAAGGAUUCUAGGGAGGAUGGAGAAUUGAAUCCGAGGGUCCUUGGGCACGUGGUGCAAAGCCCAACCUCACUUCGUUAAAGACCUGUAGCAUGGUGGGCGGCGGGGCUGGGGGAGAUGGGCUGAGGGACAUUCAGGGUUUAUGACAUGAUUAGAACAGACCUAGGGGCCAAUUUGGAGAUUCGGCUUUUAUUGUUUAUAAAAAUCACAUUUAGUCCUGAGACAAAUUAAGAUCCUUUUGACCCUCCAUUAAUGGCUACCUAGAGCCUCCUCUUCUCUGACUUGAUGAACAAAACCCAGCGGUUAUAAUGCCGUGGGUCCUGGGAUUUUAUUUUUUUGUCAUUAAGGGACAUUUCCCUUCUGCCUGUGAAUUCAGUUCUCCUACGGCUCACAGACAAAAGCAAAGAACACGGGCAGUUCCCCUUCCGCCUUGGCAUUCUUAAACUCACGUUUUUUUAGCUGUUAUUAUUUCCCUUUUAACCAGCGCACUGCUCACAUCUGGCUUGUGUUGGUACCAUGGAUUGAUUUCAGGCUCAGACAUGAAAAUCUUUUGCAUAAUCAUUAUGCUGUCUCCCUGGCCCUGACUUUUUUUUUCUAAUUUAAAGAAAGGUCGACUACAUCCACGCUUAUAAGAACUGGCAGAAACUUUGUGACUUCACAGGAUAUUAAUGAGGGAUUUGACUUUUUUAUUACUGAGACUGUGGGGAAUGCCAAGUGUAAGUACACAUGUUAUCUUUUACUCGGAUUUUCUGCUUUAUAUUUUGUAUAUGUUACCGUUUCGAAUUCAUAUAUUAUAUACCUUAUGCUUAAUUUUUUUUUAAUGAAUCAUUGUGUGUGAACAGGAAGCAUGAGCACCAAAGGGAAAUUCUGCCAAUAAGAAAGGGAAUUUUCACUCGAGCUUCCAGUGUGUGUGUGUGUGUGUGUGUGUGUGUGUGUGUGUGUGUGUGUGUGAACUGUAGGCCCAGCUGUCAACCUCAGGGCCCUGGAAUCCAUAACGGAUGGACGUCUCGAUCUUGAGUGAGGCCACCACAGCUCUCUGAGGCCAGCAGUCUAAGUUCAUCCUCUCUCCACACCCUCCCUUCACAGUUUUGCCUCCUUUGCUGUAAGAUGACCUUUGGCUCUCCACACUGUCACUUUUGAAAUGUAUUACAGCUUGAUGUUUUGGUCUGGCAACAAUAAAAGCAGUGGAGAUUGUCACCCCAAAA